AUGAUUUUAGUGGUACUUACUGUCGCAGUAAUCCUGGCGGUGAUUGCCUAUUCUUUGACAAUAUCUAUAAACUCCAAAGAUUACUACGGCUACAUCUCCAAGUACAAUUACAAACUAUCGAACCGACGUCUAGCAGAGUUUUUGAACGGCAACAUAAUGUCGAACAUUCCGAACAUUAUCACCAACUCCAAGAACCCAACAGUCUGCUCAACAUCCUCCGCGAUCUUUUUAAUCAAGUUACCAGAUAACAUGACCCUGACAGACGACUAUGAGCUGCACAACGAAGGCACUGACGCAACUUACGACGCCGAGUGCGAUAAGAUCUGCCCAGGGUUGUCUCUUUACUCGUUGAUAAUCCGCGACCGUAAGAAACAAGAGAUAUUCGUGGCAAACAAGCAGCUCUACGAAGGAAUCUGGUGCGUCAGCAAGCGACCUCGCUGCAAUCUACGGACGACCUACGCUGUUAUGACGAUAAACAACGACGUAGUCUGCCGGUCCAGGUUUCCGAACUUAUUCGGGGGCCCGGAAGGGAACAAGAUAAUUGCCUGCAAUAACUCCCAAAUCUACCAUCCGAACAACAUCCUGAUGGACAAAAAGAAUAAUUGUCGGGUUAAUCCCCGAGAUAUCAACAUGACUCAUGAAGAUGAGCCGGUUAUUUCGACUGACCGCAAAUCCUUCAGAUUCGUGUGCGAAUUCGGCGGAACGGAUUCUCUCGGUAAUAAAUUCGUCCAACAUCCACUGAACCGAUUCCAUCCGAUGCGCAACCCCUGCACCAUGGAGAUACCUAAUGCCGAUGAAAACAACAAGUUUGAUGCUACAUCCGGUGAGUGCAAUUGUAGUUCAAGUAGUUACGAUGUCGGGAAUCGCGAUCCUUCGAACAAAAAGACUCCUUGCACUUCUUGUAGAACCAUUUGGAAUGAUAACGUACUGACAAUAAAGGAACCCUGCUUUCCUAAACAAUCAGUCUUCACCGAAGCUAGGCGCAAGUUACCUUGCUUCACUGGUAAGUCUGAUACUGUGUCGGCUCCCUGUAUACCUUUGUUUGAAGUUAAGAUGGAAAAAUACAUCGAAAGUACAUCGUCAGAGCCUCUUACAAAAUCGAUUGUAAUGCCACUAUUUACUGGCGACAAAACUAUGCGAGGAAAAAUCAAACUUAGUAAACGUUUAUAUUAA